GGUUGUUUGUAUUGGCUGGCUCCCUCUUUUUCCUUCUCACUCUUUUCUCAUCUCUUGUCUCUCUUCCUCUCUUUUCUGCUGUCUUCUCUUCUUUGUCUUAAGGGGAAGGUCCCUCUUUUUUCUCCUCCGGUCCCUCUAAAGGAUCUGCCUUCUCAGGUGCCUCACUGAAAAUACAGGGGGAAAGCGCCAAGGGAGAAAAAGUGUGUGGGGGUGGAAAAGACCAUGUUUUACUCUCACUCGGUGGCACUGUGGCUGCGGCUGGGAUGGGGUCGGGGAAGGCCAGGUCUGGGCUCUUCCAGUUGUCAGCUUCUCCUUGACAGCUCUGCUCUCUUGGUUGUUUUCGUGGAACACUGGUGGGGUAGCUGAAACUAGGAGACACAGUUCGUCCUGGGCUUUGCUUGGCAUUAGUUCUGAGACCUUGGGCAAGACUUACCCCCUGGAGCCUCAGUGUCCUCCCAGUAAAUUGGGGCUGUUAUGAGGAUCAGAUACAAUAAUGGAUGGAAAAGAGCUGAGUGGUCUGUGGAAAACAAAUCAAAUGCUACUGGUGCUUCAACACCUGUAGAGAGAGGUGCCAUUACCCACCCACCAUAACCCAUGUACUCACUACUUGUGGGAUCUCCUAAGACAAAGCUAGCUUAAGAAGGAGUGGACUUAAUAAGGGCAUGGGUCUUAGUGAAUGUGCAUUUGUUUUUGGUGAAGCCAGGCAGAGGUUUAGGGUGGAAAGUGCCCAGCCCAGAGCCUGGCUGACAGUGGACCCAGGGGAAUUAUUUUGUUUGUUUGUUUCAAUAUGCAUCUAGAGUGAGUCAUUGCCACUUGUCAAGGUGAAAUGGCAAAUCUGGGCUUCCUGUGGUUCCAAAACUCUGAGAGUGGAAAUCCACAAGCGAGAUGGUGGUUGAAGUUGGUUCAAGGACAGCCUUAGGUACUCCAGAAGUGUAGAAGGAUCUCUUCUAAGGGGGAAGAGGAGAAGGUUUAUAAAUAAACCUCACAUGUGUCUUCAGCAUUCUUUUCCCAAGGAGAUAAUCACUGAACUUUAGCUAAGACCAAUUUAGUGUAUCUCUCUUUUCCCAUCAUAAAUUAGGAUGGGGAGAGGAGGAAGUAGGUUCUUUCAUCUUUUUUCUAUCCUCUCCCUUCCCCUAUCUCCUUCCCCCACCCUCACUCACUCACAUGCACACAUUAACCUUGAAGCCGAUGAGAUUGAGUGACUGGCACUUGGGACCACAGAGAAAUGUCAGAGUGUUUGGUUACAGACUCAAGGAAACCUCUCAUUUUAGAGUGUUCAUUUGGUUUUAAGCAAAAUUUUGGACUGUGAAUCAAGGCAUUGGGUGAAGAAAAAAUGGCCUCGCCGGCUGACAGCUGUAUCCAGUUUACCCGCCACGCCAGUGAUGUCCUUCUCAACCUUAAUCGCCUCCGGAGCCGUGACAUCCUGACUGAUGUUGUCAUAGUGGUGAGCCGGGAGCAGUUCAGAGCCCAUAAGACAGUCCUCAUGGCCUGCAGUGGCCUCUUCUACAGCAUCUUCACAGACCAGUUGAAAUGCAACCUUAGCGUGAUCAAUCUGGAUCCCGAGAUCAACCCAGAGGGGUUCUGCAUCCUCCUGGACUUCAUGUACACGUCCCGGCUCAACCUGCGGGAGGGCAAUAUCAUGGCCGUGAUGGCCACAGCGAUGUACCUGCAGAUGGAGCAUGUCGUGGACACUUGCCGGAAGUUUAUCAAGGCCAGUGAAGCAGAAAUGGUUCCGGCCAUCAAGCCUCCCCGUGAAGAGUUCCUGAAUGGCCGGAUGCUGAUGCCCCAGGACAUCAUGGCCUACCGGGGUCGCGAGGUGGUGGAGAACAGCCUGCCGCUGAGGAGCGCCCCCGGGUGUGAGAGCAGAGCCUUCGCCCCCAGCCUGUACAAUGGCCUGUCCACGCCACCUGCCUCGUACCCCGUGUAUAGCCACCUCCCUGUCAGCAGCUUCCUCUUCUCUGACGAGGAGCUGCGGGAUGCCCGGAUGCCUGUGGCCAACCCCUUCCCCAAGGAGCGGGCCCUCCCCUGCGAUAGUGCCAGGCCGGUCCCCAGUGAGUACAGUCGGCCGGCCAUGGAGAUACCCCCCGGCGUGUGCCACAGCAGCAUCUACUCGCCCAAGGAGGCAGCCCCAGAGGAGGCCCGGAGUGACAUGCACUACAGCGUAGCUGAGGGCCCCAAGCCAGCCGCCCCCUCAGCCCGGAGCGCCCCGUACUUCCCCUGUGACAAGGCUGGCAAGGAGGAAGAGCGGCCGUCCUCAGAGGAUGAGAUCGCCCUGCAUUUCGAGCCCCCCAGCGCACCCCUGAACAGGAAGGGCCUGGUGAGUCCUCAGAGCCCCCAGAAAUCCGACUGCCAGCCCAACUCGCCCACGGAGUCCUGCAGCAGCAAGAACGCCUGUAUCCUCCAGACCUCAGGCUCCCCUCCCGCCAAGAGCCCCACCGACCCCAAAGCCUGCAACUGGAAGAAGUACAAGUUCAUCGUGCUCAACAGCCUCAAUCAGAACGCCAAGCCUGAGGGGCCCGAGCCGGCCGAGCUGGGCCGCCUUUCCCCUCGCGCCUACGCUGCCCCUCCAGCCUGCCAGCCGCCCAUGGAGCCCGAGAACCUUGACCUCCAGUCCCCAACCAAGCUCAGCACCAGUGCGGAGGACUCCACCAUCCCACAGGCCAGCCGGCUCAAUAACAUCGUCAGCAGGUCCCUGACGGGCUCCCCCCGCAGCAGCAGCGAGAGCCACUCCCCGCUCUACCUGCACCCGCCCAAGUGCACGUCCUGCGGCUCGCAGUCCCCACAGCACACGGAGAUGUGCCUCCAUGCUGCCGGCCCCACGUUCCCCGAGGAGCUGGGGGAGACCCAGUCCGAGUACUCGGAUUCCAGCUGUGAGAACGGGGCCUUCUUCUGCAAUGAGUGUGACUGCCGCUUCUCUGAGGAGGCCUCACUCAAGAGGCACACGCUGCAGACCCACAGUGACAAACCCUACAAGUGUGACCGCUGCCAGGCCUCCUUCCGCUACAAGGGCAACCUCGCCAGCCACAAGACCGUCCACACGGGCGAGAAACCCUAUCGUUGUAACAUCUGCGGGGCGCAGUUCAACCGGCCAGCCAACCUGAAAACCCACACCCGGAUUCACUCCGGAGAGAAGCCCUACAAAUGCGAAACAUGUGGAGCCAGAUUUGUGCAGGUGGCCCACCUCCGCGCCCACGUGCUCAUCCACACUGGCGAGAAGCCCUACCCCUGUGAAAUCUGCGGCACCCGCUUCCGGCACCUUCAGACUCUGAAGAGUCACCUGCGAAUCCACACGGGAGAGAAGCCUUACCAUUGCGAAAAGUGCAACCUGCAUUUCCGUCACAAAAGCCAGCUGCGUCUUCACUUGCGCCAGAAGCAUGGGGCCAUCACCAACACCAAGGUGCAGUACCGCGUGUCCGCCACUGACCUGCCCCCGGAGCUCCCCAAAGCCUGCUGAAGCACGGAGUGUUGAUGCUUUCGAGCCCCUUCUCAGAAUCUACCCAAAGGAUACUGUAACACUUUACCAUGUUCAUCCCAUGAUAUAGUGCCUCUUUCAUCCACUAGUGCAAAUCAUAGCUGGGGGUGGGGGUGGGGGGAGGGGGCCGGGGGGCCAGGGAGCCCAGGCAGCUCCCCUUCCCCCGCUGCCGUAAAACAUUAAGAAAAUAAUAUUGCUUCUUCUCCUAUGUGUAAGGCGCACCAUGUCAGCAAAAAGCGAAAUCAUUUUAUAUAUCAAAGCGGGGGAGUAUGCAAAAGUCAUGACUUAACUUAGUCUGCAAAAUGAGGAAUGUAUAUGUUUUGUGGGAUCACAUGUUUCUUUUGUAUGUAAAUGUGCAUUCUUUUAAAAGAAGAGACUUCGGUAUGUUAUCAAAGAGAGGGCUUUAAUUUUUUUAACCAAAGGUGAAGGAAUAUAUGGCAGAGUGUAAAUAUAUAAAUAUAUAUAUAUAUAAAAUAAAUAUAUAUAAACCUAAAAAAGAUAUAUUAAAAAUAUAAAACUGCGUUAAAGGCUCGAUUUUGUAUCUGCAGGCAGACACGGAUCUGAGAAUCUUUAUUGAGAAAGAGCACUUAAGAGAAUAUUUUAAGUAUUGCAUCUGUAUAAGUAAGAAAAUAUUUUGUCUAAAAUGCCUCAGUGUAUUUGUAUUUUUUUGCAAGUGAAGGUUUACAAUUUACAAAGUGUGUAUUAAAAAAAAAAGAACAAAAAAAGCUGCGGAAGGAAAAAUGUGUAGUUUUGUUCUAGUUUUCGGUUUGUAUAUACCUGUACAACGUGUCCUACGGUGCCUUUUUCCAUGGAAGUUUUCAACUGGGGACGAACGCGCCAUCCCUUUUUGAAGUGUAGGCAGACACAGGGACUUGGAGUUGUCACUAACUGAGCUCUCUUUGGGAAUGUUUGUCUCAUCACAUUCUGCGUCAUGCUUGUGUUAUAACUACUCCGGAGACAGGGUUUGGCUGUGUCUAAACUGCAUUACCGCGUUGUAAAAUAUAGCUGUACAAAUACAAGAAUAAAAUGUUGAAAAGUCAA